GCCCGUCAGUUGAGAGAAACAUCAGAAGGAGGAGGAGGAUAUAGUGUGAAUCCCCCGGUUGUGGACAAUAGUUUUCUUAUUUAAGUGUGACUGGAGGAUGUGCCUGUGAUGGGGAUACAGUGCCUUGAGAGUAUUAGGGGGUGGAAUCCAGGUGUGGGUGUGAAAAUGCCACCCGACCUGUCAGAGGCAGAGCGGCCACUGGCUGUGUUCCCCCCCGAGAGCAGCCGGGAGACAACCUGUGAUAACCCCCCACCUAGACUUGCGGCUGAAAGCAUCACCAGCAGCAUUGGUAAGGGUGUGCCAAGGGAAGAGCACCACCCCUUACCCAGACCUGCAGCUGAGAGUGCGGACAGCAACACUGGCAAAGGCGGUGGGGGGCAGGUUCAUCAGCCCCAAGGUUGUGAUGGUGGAUCUAAAGUGGGAGAUGGUGUGAGUGGGUUAACUAACCAGGGUGGGGAGGCUCAGGUCACCUCAUCCAGUGUGCCAUUGUACCGCCUCUCUCCUGCUCUCAGAGCCACCUUCGCUUCUGUGGGUGCCACCGAUAAAGCCUACCCAUUCAAAGAGGUACUACAAACAGUUAGUGGCAACCUUAUACUUGCACCAGAAAUCAGCACAUGAAAUGAAGAUUUUACAUUUUAAUGUUAUUUUUCAGUCUUUUUUCUUAUUUUCUUUCUUUUCCGGAAAUUGUGUAUUUUUGAUUUCUUUAAUGCAUGGGAAGACAAUGUGACAUCUUCAUUUUUGUGUUUGGUUUCCAGGUUGGAGCAUUUUAUUAGAUUACUGAUGGUAUGAGGGUAAUGCUAGGGAAAUCAGUGUUUUGCGUGAUACUAGGAACAACUGAAAGAUACAAUAGGACACUUCAAAAUUUAAUAAUUGGGAAAAAAAUAGAAAUUUCAAAACACAUUCUUCUCAUACUUAUACUCCUUCCUCUAUUCUUCUUUCUCUCCU